AUGUCAGACGCAGCAGUGGACACCAGCUCCAAGAUUACCACCAAGGACUUGAAGGAGAAGAAGGAAGUUGUGGAAGAGGCAGAGAAUGGAAGAGAUCCACCUGCCAAUGGGAACGCUCAAAAUGAGAAAAAUGGGGAGCAGGAGGCUGACAAUGAGGUAGAUGAAGAGGAGGAGGAGGAAGGUGAUGGUGAGGAAGAGGAUGGAGAUGAAGAUGAGGAAGCUGAGGCUCCUAUGGGCAAGAGGGUAGCUCAGGACGAUGAGGAGGAUGAUGUUGACACCAAGAAGCAGAAGACUGAUGAGGAGAACUAG